GUCACAAAGCCUCAGGAGUUACUAUUGAACAAAGUUCCCUCUUUUGUUAAUAUCGUCUCUUUGUCAGCUGUGUCUUUGUUUGGUUAAGGGGGCUAUAAAGGCAUUCCCACAGCUGGAACAAGUUCAAACUUUUACAAUCCCUACAAAAACAACAGAAAAUAUGGCAUCCUUUUCCAUCUCCAAGUUGGCAUUUUUCACUGUAAAGUGCUCAAUCAACAGGGAUGGCCAUGAGGCAAACAGGCUGAAUAUCAUCAAUGGGAUCAAAGUCAAUGGAACUUCUAGCCUCUCCUCUGCUCCUCAGAGUGAUGUGUUGACACACAAGGAAGGCGGUUCGACAAUUUCUGUUUCGAAGAAUGUACUCAUCAAUGCACAAGAAAUUCGUCAGAAUAUUCCAACAAAGAAACAACUCGUAGAUCCUUUUCGCCAAGGUCAAAUUGUUGAAGAGGGAGUUGGUUAUAGGCAGACUGUUGUGAUCAGAUCAUAUGAAGUUGGCCCUGAUAAAACCACGACAAUCGAAAGUAUCCUCAACUUACUUCAGGAAACAGCAUUGAACCAUGUCUGGAUGUCAGGCCUUCUUGGGGAUGGAUUUGGAGCUACACAUGGUAUGAUGCGAAACAAUCUUAUAUGGGUUGUAUCAAGAAUGCAAGUUCAGGUUGAUCAUUAUCCAAUAUGGGGUGAAGUAAUGGAAAUCGACACAUGGGUCGGAGCAUCAGGGAAAAAUGGCAUGAGGAGAGACUGGCUGCUCAGAAGUCAAGCCACAGGAUUAGUUUUCGCCCGUGCAACUAGUACCUGGGUGAUGAUGAACCAGCAGACAAGACGCCUUUCGAAGAUGCCAGAUGAGGUCAGGGCUGAAAUUGCACCCUGGUUCGUUGAAAAGCAAGCAAUCCCAGAUGACUGCCCUGAAAAGAUACACAAGUUGGAUAGUAAUGCAAGAUAUGUCAAGUCAGGAUUGAAGCCAAAAAGGAGUGAUUUGGACAUGAACCAACAUGUUAACAAUGUCAAGUAUGUUAGAUGGAUGCUUGAGGGAAUUCCAGAUGAAUUCUUGGAGAAUCACCAACUUUCUGAUAUCAUUCUGGAGUACAGGAGAGAAUGUGGGAUUUCAGAUAAUGUUCAGUCUCUGUGUGAACCAAGUCAAGUUGGAAUAAUAACAAAUGGAGUUCAACCAAGCAACAUGAUCAGUCUACUCAAUGGGUUUUCACUGUCUUCAGGUAUCAUUGAAGGCAAAGAACUGCUUCAGUCUUUAAAUCCAGAGCCAUUCAGUUAUACACAUCUUCUUCAAGCAAAAGGGGAGUCCAAAAAUGAAGAGAUUGUGAGAGGAAAAACUUAUUGGAGAAAAAAAAGAGCAAUGGGAUAAUGCCAUUCCGUGAUCAAUAAAUCAGCUUAUGAACAAGAAGCAAGAUAAGCUGCA